GAUUUUCCUCAGUAUCUGGUUUAUUUGCUAUCAAGCCUAAAGAAGCAGUGUUCUUUUGCGCAUUCCCUUAGGGACCUUCUGGACCUUCUGGUAGGUCGCUUGCUCAAACUAUCCCGUUCUCAUUUGACGCCGCUUCUAAUAUACUCUAGAAAAUUAUGGCACGGGGAAAUAUGGCACAGGAACGCGAGGAGAUACUGGCCUACGUUGAUCUUGCCGAUAUCGAGCGCUCCGGUGAUGGAUAUGAAGCCAUGAAGAGAAAUCCGAGAAAGUCAUGGAACGAGAAGGAUAACUCCGAUACCUUAGAGGAGCUUGAGCAGUGCUUUGGCUGGCAGGCACCGACCACUCUUAUCCCGGCGUUUUCUCACCCUACUGACCUUUUUCGGCGGGCUGCUAAACGUGGUAAAUCAAACGUGGACUUCCUUGUUGUUAACAUCCACGGUCUCCGGUUUUGGCGUCCUGAGACUCUUGAAGAGAAGUUUGGAUAUAGGUUUGAUGAUUCUUUUGAGUUCGGCGUCCCUGUUAUCUGGAGCGGCGUGAUUUCUGUCGACCGUAUACAGUGCGACAAUGGUUCUAUCAGUAUUCUGACCUCGCUUUCAAAUUCGGUCACUUCCGAAUAGACGAAAAGGGCUUCAGAUAUGGAGAACUGACAAGGAAAUUUGGUUGGGCGUCAUGCGAGACAUAAAAUACUACGUCACCCCUUGCACUUUAGAGCGGUGGUGCAAAGGGUACAACCAGCCGAAGGCUGAGAGUCGUGGGCCAAGCAAUUAUCAACAACCAUUACAUUAUUUACGCACUGGAG